AUGGAACAACCUGCGUGAGAUGGUUGAUGAGAAGAGGGACGAGAUCAACGUUGCACAUGGCAUCCAGAACUUCAACAUUGAAUGCAAUGAAACAAUUAGCUGGAUCCAUGAGAAGGCUAAGGUGAUAGAAUCCACAGAUGAGCUGGGCAAUGACCUGGCUGGGGUGAUGACUCUGCAGCGCAGACUGAGUACAAUGGAGCGAGAUCUUGCAGCCAUUCAGGCCAAGCUGGAGUCCCUGCAGGGUGAGGCUGAGAGGUUGGAGGAGCAGAAACCCGAGGAGGCUCAGGCUAUCAGAGACAAGAUUGCAGAAAUCAAUAAUGUCUGGUUGGAUCUCAAAGAUAUGCUCAAAGAACGAGAUGAGAAACUUGGGGAAGCUGGAGAGCUACAGCGCUUCUUGGGAAGCCUGGACCACUUCCAGUCCUGGUUGUCUCGCACACAGACCACUGUCGCUUCCGAGGACAUUCCCAACUCGCUGGCAGAGGCUGAGAAACUGCUCAAUCAGCACCAGCAGUUGAGGGAUGAGAUUGACACCUAUGCACCAGAGUACGCCAAGAUCAAGGAGUUUGGGGACAAAGUCACAGAGGGAGAAGAGGAUCCUCAGUACAUGUUCCUUAGACAGAGAUUGCAAGCUCUAGAUGAUGGUUGGCACGAGCUUCUGCAGAUGUGGGAGAACAGGCAACAGCUGCUGUCUCAGUCUCUCAGCCUGCAGAUGUUUUUGCGUGAUGCUAAACAAGCUGAAGUUCUACUCAACCAGCAAGACAAUUUCUUGUCCAAGGAGGAAGUGCCCGUUGCUCCUCUAGAUAAGCAGACUUCAGUACAGGCGGCGGAGAAUGUCAUCAAACGUCAUGAAGCUUUCAUCACCACCAUGGAUGCCAAUGAUGAGAAGAUCAAUGCAGUCCUGCAGUUUGCCAACAGGCUGAUCGAUGAGAACCACUAUGACAAGGAGAAGAUCCACAGAAAGGCAGAAGCUAUCAGUGAAAGGAGAAACCAGAACAGACAAAGGGCUGACGAACAGCUGGACAAACUCAGGGACCAGCUGACAUUACAACAGUUCCUGCAAGAAUGUGAUGAGGUACGAGACUGGCUUCAGGACAAGAUGGCUGCAGCUCAGGAUGAAACCUACAGAGAUGCCAAGAAUCUACACAGCAAAUAUGUCAGGCACAAGGCUUUUGAAUCAGAGAUUGCUGCAAAUAAAGACAGGCUCAAUCGGCUUGUAGAGGAUGGCGAAGCAAUCAUACAGUCCAAGCCAGAGACCCGGGAUCAGAUUGAGCCUAUGCUGGCAGAUCUGGCCAGUCAGUGGGAGGACCUGGAAACCACCACUAAGGAGAAGGGUGAGCGCUUGUUUGACGCCAACAGAUCCACCCUCUACCAGCAGAGUUGUGAUGAUGUUGAUGGAUGGGUGUCUGCUCUGGAGUCACAGAUUGUCACCUCUGAAGACUUUGGUAAAGAUCUGACUACAGUCAAUCUUCAAGUACAGAAACAGAAUCAACUGGAGAACCAAAUGAAGAUGAAGGAGCAACAAGUUCAGGAGCUGGAGACACAGAGUGAGCAUCUACGCAGACUGGAGCCUGACAAAGAGGAUGAGAUCGAAGCCAGGAGGGCUUUAGUGGCUCAGAGGUUUGCCAAGAUCCAAGGUCCGCUGUUGCUGCGCCGUUCCAAUCUGGAGAAGGUGAAGCGUAUCCACCAGUUCAUGCGGGAUGUGGAGGAUGAGAAGUUGUGGAUAGCGGAGAUGAUGCCUCGAGCAUCCAGCCAGGAUUACGGAAACAGUCUGCUCUCUGUCCAGCUGCUCAUCAAGAAAAACCAUUCACUACAGGUGGAGAUUGAGAACCAUGAGCCCCGAAUCAUGUCCGUGGUACAGGUCGGCCAGGAAUUGAUCGACGCUGGCCACUACCAGUCUGAGGAAUUCCAAACACUUAUCAACGAACUUCUGCAGCGGUGGCAAGAGUUGAAGGAUGCUGUGGAUGAGCGCACUCACAGACUCAAGUUGUCAGAGAUUGCUCAGCAGUACUACUUUGAUGCAUCCGAGGCAGAGGCUUGGAUGAGUGAGCAGGAACUCUACAUGAUGGGCGAGGAGAGGGCCAAGGAUGAGAUCGGUGCCCAGAACAUGAUGAAGAAGCACCAGACGCUAGAGAAUAAUGUGGAGGAUUACGCCGAGGUGGUCCGUCAGCUGGGUGAGAGAAGCAGAGAACUUAUUGAAGACGAUCAUCCUGAAAGCGAUCAGAUUGCUCUGCGCCAGUCUCAGGUGGACAAACUGUACGCUGGCUUGAAGGAUCUGGCCCAGGAGAGACGAGGCAAGCUGGAGGAGGUUUUCAAAUUGUACACCCUACACAGAGAGAUUGACGAUCUGCUGGAGUGGAUUGCUGACAAGUCCGUGGUGGCAGGAUCCAAUGAGCCUGGGCAGGAUUACGAGCAUGUUUGUCUUCUGAAGGAGAACUUUAAAGAGUUUGCCAGAGAGACAGAAAGUAUCGGCCAAGAACGGGUGGCAUCUGCUAAUGAGAUUUGUGAUGCUCUGAUAGCAUCAGAGCACUCCGACGCUGCAGCAAUCGCAGAGUGGAAGGAUAAUGUCAACGAUGCUUGGGCUGACCUGCUGGAACUCAUGGACACUCGUACAGAGCUGCUGCAGACUUCAUGGGAGUUGCACAAAUUUUUCUACGACUGCAAGGAAGCUCUGGAGAGGAUUUUGGAGAAACAGAACUACAUUCCUGAAGAGCUUGGUCGUGAUGCCCAGAGUGUGGCAGCCCUGCAGAGAAAGCAUGCCAACUUUGAGCACGACUUGGUGGCCCUGGGCACACAGGUGGAAGCCAUCCAAGUGGAAUCUGUGAGACUACAGGCAGGAUAUGCAGGGGACAAUGCACAGACCAUCAUAGACAGAGAGCGAGAGGUGUUGGAUGCAUGGAGGAACCUGCACAUCCUUGUAGAGAAGAGGAGGCUGACUUUGGCAGAUGCCUCCGAUUAUUACAGAUUCAUGCUCAUGGCCAAAGACCUGCUGCUGUGGAUCGAUGACAUCACCAGGCAGAUGAACACACAAGAAAAGCCAAGGGAUGUAUCCGGUGUUGAACUGCUCAUGAACAAUCACCAGAGCCUCAAGGCAGAAAUUGACGCCCGGGAGGAAAACUUUGCCAUCUGUGUCAAUCUGGGACGAGAUCUGCUGGAACGACAGCAUUACAAACAAGAGCAGGUCAGAGAGAAAUUGAUCCAGCUGACCCUGCAGAGACUAGACAUGGCCGACUUGUGGAAGGAGCGGUGGAUACAUCUACAGCUGAUUCUGGAGGUGUACCAGUUUGCCCGAGAUGCUGCUGUGGCCGAGGCAUGGCUUAUAGCACAAGAACCUUACUUGUCCAACCAAGAUCUGGGAGAUACCCUUGAUGCAGUUGAGAACCUGUUGAAGAAGCAUGAAGCUUUUGAAAAAUCAGCUGCCACACAAGAGGAGAGAUUUGCAGCAUUGGAAAAACCAACUACGUUUGAAAUUAAGGAUAGAGAGAAAAGGCAAGCAGAGGAGUAUAGCAGAAGUCAUCCAGAUGAGAUAGCCAGACAGAAGGAGGAAAAGAGGCAUCGGUACAUCCAAGAGUUUCUGCCACCUCCACCACCACCAAAACCAGAACCAGUUAUAGAACCAGAACAGCCGGCUCAGACUGCCCCGGUCAGUCAUGCAGCUCCAGAUGCCGCAGAAGAGACAGCCAGACCGGUCAGCGGGGCCGAGGAGAGACUGGACAUUGAGCGGGAAGAGCGCCGAGCCCGCCAGCGAGCAAUGCAGUCAGCUGAUACAGGUGCAGCUGGGGAUGAGGACACUGCCCACCGCCGCUCUCACUCUCGUCUGGAGAGAGAGUCGUCGUUACGGGAGAGCGAGCGCUAUAAGUCUCCGCCAACGGCAACACCAACAAAGUCACCGAGAGGAAGUAGAAGGAAGGCAGAUGACCGGGAGGAACAGCUGAGUCCAGGUUAUGACGACACAGGAAAGAAGCCACCCCGGUCAAAAUCUCCAUUUGCCAAACUGUUUGGUAGCAAGGACAAGGGCAAGAAGUCAACCCCGACCUCGUCUCCUCAGAUCUCACCCCGUGAUUAUGAGUCACCAAGUUUCCGCACACCUGAAGCUUCAGCACCAUCUGAGUCUGUUCAUGAAGAGGGUGUUUUGUCCAGGAAACAUGAACUGGAGGUGGGGGAGAAGAGAGCCGGCAACAGGUCCUGGGACAAAGUGUAUGUGGUACUUCAUGGACCAGCCUUGUCCUGCUACAAAGAUCAGAAACAUGCCAAAUUG